UCUCUUCUUCCAUUCUCGACGACAUGGGCAAACCAGACACAAGCGCGAGCUGCCGUUGGCGAUGAUCUUGCUGCUGUUUUGCCUGAAGGCCCUUGGCACAAGAAGGCCCAUCUUAUCAAACUCAACUUUGUCGUUGCUUGUUUGGUUCUCUUCUGUAUGUCUGCAAACUUCACAUCCCGUNCUUCUGCCAACGGAUACGAUGGUUCCUUGAUGAACGGUCUCCAAGCACUCAACCAAUGGAACGACCAUUUUGAUCGCCCUGCUGGAGCUUUCCUCGGUUUUAUCAAUGCCAUCUACUGGAUUGGUGCAGGCUGCAUGUAUCCUGUCGCCGCGAUUGUUGCAAACAAAUAUGGUCGCAAGAUGCCUAUCUGGAUAGGGUACGCCUUCCUCGCUCUCGGUGCUGGCCUCCAAACUGGUGCCAACAAUGAGGGCGCGUUUGCUGCUGCUCGGUUCUUUGUCGGCAAUGCACCGGCAUGCUUCUCGACCUCGAUUCCGCUUCUGAUCAACGAGAUUGCAUACNCCUCUCACCGUGGGAUCUGUGGAGCUCUGUACAACUGUGGAUGGGUAAUAANNGUCGGUGGACUCAUCGCCGCUUUCUUGACAUACGGCACCCGCAACAUGCAAAGCUCCUGGUCUUGGAGAAUCCCCUCGUCACUUCAGAUCUUAGUGCCUUUCCUCGCUCUUCCUGGCCUACUCAUGGCGCCCCAAAGCCCCAGAUGGCUCGUCUCUAUGGAUCGCACCGAAGAGGCUCGUCAAGUAUUGGCAGGGUGGCAUGAUGGCGGCGACGAAAACUCACAACUCAUCAAUUACGAGAUGAUCGAAAUCACCACUACCAUUCAGCAAGAGAAGAGCGCCACCUCCAGUGCCAGCUAUGCUGAGAUGUUCAAGACUCCCGGAAAUCGCAAACGACUAUUUAUCUCCGUCACUCUCGGUAUCUUUGGUCAAUGGGUAGGCAAUGGCGUCGUCUCUUACUAUCUCGCUCUGGUCCUGGAGACUGUUGGCAUAACUAGCGUCACCGAUAUCACUUUGAUCUCUGGCUUCCUGCAAGUCUGGAACUUGAUCUGGUGUGUCGCCGCUGCGUUCUCAGUCGAUCGACUUGGUCGCAGACCUUUGUUCCUCGCUUCGGCCGUCAUCAUGGGCGUCUCCUACGUCUUGGUCACCGGUCUGUCAGGCGCCUUUGCAUCCAACCAGAUUCCUGCCGUCGGUGUAGCAGUCAUCCCAUUCCUGUUCAUCUUCUUCGCCGGCUACGAUAUCGCCCUAACGCCUCUUCUCAUCUCCUACCCCUGCGAGAUCUGGCCAUACCGUCUGCGUUCUCGCGGUCUGACCGUUACGAAUAUGACGACUGUGCUCGCCAUCUGCUUCAACACUUUCGUCAAUCCCAUCGCUUUGGACAGCAUUGCAUGGAAGUACUACAUUGUGUUCGUGGUCGUGCUGAUCAUAUACGGCGUCACGGUCUGGUACGCGUAUCCAGAAACCCGAGGUUUUUCGCUUGAGCAGGUGGCUGUGGUGUUUGACGGUGAUGCGGCUGAAGUACCAUAUCCUGCAGAGACGGCCGAAAGAUCCGGCAGUAUGGUGUCGAUGAGUGAGGAGAAGGAAAGCGUUGUGCGAGUUGAGAGGGUC